AUGGCAGAUAUUUUGCGUCCAUUUAACAAACGAGUCAAGCAAAAGCUGACAUACAAACAGCGUAAAGCACAGAAGUUACAUUUAACCCCAGUCACACAACCGACUCAGCCAAAUGCCUAUAAUCCUCGAACAGAUCAUUUAGUUGAUGAACUGGUGAAAUCAGGGGUUGUUUGUCGAUUGAUUUGCACCACCACGAUGAGUGGUGGAAAUAUAUAUAUUGACAUCAAACUAAAGGAGGAUGCCGAUAAUGACAGGCAGGAAUGGAUUUUUGGAAGAAGGUCUGAAGUGUGUGAUUAUGUUCUCCCUACAAAGAGCAAUAGGAUCAGUAAUAGACAUUUCAAACUUUGGAUGAAUUUAAGUGACCGUCAUUGGAGCCAUGAUUCCAACAUGAUGAUUCAGGAUACUUCUACAAAUGGAACGUGGGUUAAUGGUUCCAAGUUAAUAAAGGGUACUAAUUAUAUUUUGACACAAGGUGAUGAGAUUAGCAUAGGAAUUGGUGUUCCUGCUGAUGUCAUUCGAUUUGUGGUUCAUUUUCCUAAGGCAGGCGCAGAAGAUGGGGCGGUUGGUAAAGCUGAAAACUCAAUGUCUGAAUUAAAUUUAUCAAAUGUCAAAGAAGAAGGCAAGAAAUUGGUAGCAUCUGACCAUAGUAUAAAGCCUAACAUUAGAAGAUCGUCCGAGUUGCCUAAGCAGGAGAAAAAUGGUAUAUUUGCAGAUUUUAUAAUACGCGAUGAGAUCGUUGGAUCUGGAGCAUUUGCUACAGUUAAAAAGGCCAUAGAACGCAAAACAGGAAAAACAUUUGCAGUAAAAAUUAUAUCCAAGAAGAAAGCGUUAACUGGUGCACUAGAAGGUGUGAGUAGGGAAUUGAAGAUUUUACAGAAGCUGCAUCAUCCAGGGAUUGUUGCGCUGAAAGCUUUUUAUGAGGACGAGUCAUCUUAUUACCUCGUUAUGGAGUAUGUUCCUGGUGGAGACUUGAUGGACUUCGUAGCUUCCUAUGGAGCUGUUGGCGAAGCAGCCGGUAGAGAAAUCGCUCGUCAAAUACUUCUCGCCAUCCGAUAUGUCCACUCUAAAGGUAUAUCACAUCGAGAUUUGAAACCAGAUAAUAUCCUGAUUGCUCAGGACGAUCCUGUUACCGUAAAAAUAACUGAUUUUGGUUUAGCGAAAGGACAGGAAAAGGGUGGUGUAAUGAAAACCUUUUGUGGAACUUUGGCUUAUUUGGCACCGGAGGUAAUAACGGGAAAAUAUGGUUCUGUAAAAAACGGAAAGAAACGAUACUUGGGAAACGGUAAAUCUUUAGAGGACUCUUAUUCCAAUAAAGUAGACAUGUGGUCAAUUGGAUGUCUCUUAUUUGUCAUUUUGACUGCACACCUCCCAUUUAGUGGAUCAACGCAGGAGGCUUUGUUCAAAAAUAUCACUACAGGGAAUUAUCAUGAGUCAUUGCUCAAUGAAAACGGGGUCUCUAUUGAAGGAAGAGAUUUUUUAAAUCGAUUACUUGAAAAUGAUGUAUCGCUUAGACUAAAUGCUAAGCAAGCACUACAGCACCCAUGGAUUUGUGAAAUUUGUCCACAAGAUUCACAAGUUAGUCUAUCGCAGAGCCAGUCGUAUCAACAAAGAAUGUCACAGGCAUUUUCUCAACGUGCACGUAGGGAAAAAAUGGAGCCACUACUUGAAUCGAAGGCUGAAAGCCCUUUGCAAGAUCAUGUCGAUGAAAAUUUGAUUCCCCUUCCGGUGACACCAGUUCAGCAAAUAGGGUAUUCACAAAGAGAAACUAUCAUUAAUGCGACAUCACCGCUCGCGAUAAAUGGUAGUGCUACUUUUUGCUCCGGCAAGGGCGUUCAAAUUGAUGGCCAGCUAACAGGAAAUUUUGGUGCCAAAAAUAAAGCUCCUGCUGAAGAUGAAAAGAUGUCUCAUCAUGAUUAUCAAGCUCUUCCAGGUACUUUCUUGACUCUAAAAUUAGUGUCACCUCCUGGAAAUAUGAACGUGAAAUCUAUUAUACAUAUUAAGCAAGGUACACUAGCAUUUUUCGCCGGGAGGUUUAAUAAUUUAGACUAUACCCUUGCAGACGAACGAAUUUCCAAACUGCAUUGUACUAUCAUCAAAAAAAGGCAUCCAAUUAAAGCACCAUCAAUUUACGAGUCGCCAGCUAUGGGACUGGAAGAUAUUUGGCUAUUGGACAGCAGCACCAAUGGUUGCUUUAUUGGAAACCGGAAGGUAGGUAAGGGGCAUAAAGUGAAAAUACAUAAUAAUGACAUGAUCAGUCUUUUUAGAGACAGGCAGAAUAGGGAUGAAAUCAUUUACAGAGUUAUAAUCGAUGACGGUACGGGUCUUUUUAAUAGGGGUGAAAAUGUUAACGAUAACACGGAACCAAUUGUACCAAUUAAUACAGGGGAUUCCCUCUUACUCAAGGCAAAAAUGACGGAGUGCAUGAAACAUGGCAAAUUGUAUACUCCUCGACAAUGUUCAAAUUCAUAUGCGAAAAAGCGUAGUAGAGAUGAUUUGGAUUCAAGAACUGGUGUGCUUAAUCCAAAAAGGCAAAAAAAAUGA